UUUCAUAACUUGUUGAACUACAGCCCCACUAUUUCCUUCUACCUGUACUCUACAUCACUUACCUACCCUGUUUACUAUCACUACUAUCAAGGCUCUUACCUCCUACCUAUUCCCACCCAAACUUACCUUACCUUUCAUCUCUUCUCUGAUUGUUUUCCUAGGGUUCACUCCCUCAGUAGCUCUGAUCCUGCUUUAUCUUACAACCUCUCAUCUCACCAUCUCCCCUUACUUAUAGUUACUUUGCUCCUAGCCCUAUUUUCGUUUCCUGCCUUUGUCCCUCAUUUAUCUCCUCACUGCACCCUUUUUUCUCAAGCCGGACAGUGUGUACUACUUACCGUAGUAUCGGUACCGGCUCCCUCCCUGCCCCCUCCUUUGUUGUAGACUUCUAGUUACUUCCGGCCCCCAUCUGCCCUCACCUAUCCUAUUCCUCUCCCCUUCCCUCUUACAAGCUCGUCAACCUCAUAAAUAUACCUGCCCUAUAUGAUGCCAUCUUUAACUCCUGAUCUACCUCUCAACUGCUGCACAUCCCUGGCUCCAGAGUCCACACUUUAUACUAAAAAGCUCAGAACAAGCACAUUUGUCCUUAAAACUCUCUCAUCCCUGCAUGGACAGACAGAUGGAAAGUCAGAUCGGAAGAGCAGAAAACCUCCAGUAAAUCAUUUAGAAGAAGAUUCUUAUUUUGAAGAAACUGAAGAUCCUUCUCAACAUGAUAAUUCAGAAGAAGAAAGCUUCCCUCAAGGAUCCAGUAAAAAGACCCAAAGCAAAAAACUUGAUGAUGGGCCUUUGCCGCCAAAGCUGAAGGAAGAAAGCACGGUGCUGAAGGAAACAGAAAUUCAACAGAUUGCUGAACAGCUUCCUCCUCGGGUAACUGGUUACAUGUGGAACCUUGCCUACAGCACUACAAAACAUGGCAUGAGUCUGAAAACAAUGUACCGAACCAUGGCACCUCUGAGUGCCCCCGUAUUGUUAGUGAUCAAGGAUACUGAUGGGCAGACAUUUGGCUCCUUCUCUUCAUCACCAUUCAAAGUGAGUGAAAGUUUCUAUGGCACUGGAGAGACCUUUCUUUUUACAUUCCAACCAAAAUUAAAGGUUUUCAAAUGGACGGGCGAGAAUUACUAUUUUGUCAAAGCCAAUGCAGAUUCCCUCAUCAUUGGUGGAGGCAGGGGUCAUUUUGGAUUAUGGUUGGACAGUGACCUGUAUCAUGGACAAAGUUACAACUGUGAGACAUUUAAUAAUGACAUACUCUCCAAAAGGGAAGACUUUUUUAUCAAAGAUCUGGAAGUGUGGACAUUUAAAUGACUGCAAAUGCAUCAUUUAUGGCUUUACAUCUGAAAAAGGUUGUAUCUAUAUUACAGUCAAUGUUCAGUUGUUUGUGAUCUUGCCCAUCAGCGGAGGUUUCGCAGAAGAGUCCACAGAAGCUUAAUCAGUUUGCCAGAACUAAUGCAAAAUGUCCAACUUUAUACAAACUCUUUUCUUAAUUAAAUUAGAUAUCACCAAGCAGUGAAGAUGUACUUCAAUACAAGUACCUCCAGUAUCAGAAGAAGCACUCUUACAAGCUGAUGUUGUGAGCUACGCGGGUGUGCCAAGAAAACCUAAUUCCUAAUCCUUUGGACAAAUCAUUUUAGUGACUAUGAAUACAUUUUUGCUUUUAUUAAAAUUACUAAUAUUUCUAUUAGGUAUCAUCAUACAAUGAAAAAAUGUGGUAUCAGAUACCUGCAUUGUUAAGAGAGACUUUCAUAUAACCUGACAAUAUGCAUGUACUUAGACUGAUGAAAAAUCAAUAAUCCACAAUUCUUACACACAUUAAUGAAAAAGGUGCGACUCAUUUUAAAGUGUAUUGUCACUCAUUCAUUUUUUUGCUUUGGAUUUAGUUUUGUUUGCAGUUACACCCUUAAUGUUAAAAGUUGAACAUGAUUUUGAAAAUAAAUGAAGAUUGCAACUUUU